CUGACAUCCAGGUUGAUCGACCUUCACGGAUUCUCCGCUGCCUAAGAGUUGUCGCCUUCUCAUUGGACCCCUUCCUCCCCCCACUGCUUUUCUUUAUUUAAACUUCGCAUUUCUAUUCUCAACAAUCUACUCCCGUCCUCACACGGUGCCCUUAUACGAAUUGCGUUUUAGAUUAAUAUAGCGAAGAUGUCGCCUAUUGAUUCAACUCGUGAGGAAAAUGUUUACAUGGCCAAGUUGGCUGAGCAAGCUGAACGUUAUGAAGAAAUGGUGGAGUUCAUGGAGAAAGUUGCAAAGACAGUUGAUGUUGAGGAGUUAACUGUGGAAGAAAGGAACCUUCUCUCUGUUGCUUACAAGAAUGUGAUUGGUGCCAGGAGGGCUUCAUGGAGGAUCAUCUCUUCCAUUGAGCAAAAGGAAGAGAGCAGGGGAAAUGAGGACCAUGUAUCAGUCAUCAAGGAGUACAGAGGCAAAAUUGAGGCUGAGUUGAGCAAGAUCUGUGAUGGAAUCUUGAACCUCCUUGAGUCACAUCUCAUUCCCUCAGCCUCUUCUGCUGAGUCCAAGGUGUUUUAUCUUAAGAUGAAGGGUGAUUACCACAGGUAUUUGGCUGAGUUCAAGACUGGUGCUGAGAGGAAGGAAGCUGCUGAGAGCACUUUGUUGGCCUACAAGUCUGCUCAGGAUAUCGCUUUGGCUGAACUUGCUCCAACUCACCCAAUAAGGCUGGGACUUGCCCUCAACUUCUCUGUGUUCUACUAUGAAAUCCUUAACUCACCUGAUCGUGCUUGCAAUCUCGCCAAGCAGGCAUUUGAUGAGGCUAUCUCUGAGCUGGAUACAUUGGGUGAAGAAUCAUACAAGGACAGUACAUUGAUCAUGCAACUUCUCCGAGAUAAUCUUACACUUUGGACUUCCGAUAUCCCUGAUGAAGCUGGGGAUGAGAUUAAGGAAGCAUCAAAACGUGAUUCGAGCGAAGCACAGCAGUGAUGAGUUCAGUUUAUAGGAUAUGUACUAUGUAUUUUUAUCUUGUGGCUUUUAGUCUACAUGCAUGCCAUGUGGACAGUUGUAGCAGGAUUUCAUGAACUGAUAAUCUUGAGUGUUGACAACACACAGGAUUGAAAUCUUUCAACAGAUCGUAAACUAGCUUAAAUUAUUGAUUAGAAGAAUUUGAUCUGGCUAUCGUGUA